AUGCCGCCCAAAGGACAGAAACCUCAGAAUUGGACCUUCACGCUGAUCCAUGCGGCAGUCUCUGAGAGGCGUCACCGUGAGAAGGACUGGCUAUGCACAUCUAAUGUCGAAAAUGCCGUCCUAAACUUGAAACAGGAGAAACUUCUUGCAGAUGCUAUGGGAUCACGAGCCAGUGUUUACAAAGAGCCAAACCAUGUUCUCAUUGUACCGAGACAGGGAGCGCAGGCUCUUAAGCUUGGGCUUGGCAGUCGAGACAGAAUCAUUCCCAAAGACGCCGAAUACAUGCUGGGCUACUGCCCCGGAACUAAUAUCCUAGUCAUCAGAGAGAGCCUUCGCAGUAUCGAUCAACAGAUUCGUCUAAGAUUCAAAAGCCAGAGUGACUUAGAUCAGAUACUAGGCCUCCUUCAAACCCUAGGCUUCCAGGCCAAGCCAAUGCAAGCAUCUCGACGUCAGCCAACCCCACUGCAGUACCUUCGAUCUUCCUCGGUAGCGGGUGACUAUCAUGCCCCUGCUACGACCCAGCCCUACUCUUCGGGGUACAAUGCGAGAUUAACACAACAUAAGUAUCAACGUCGGUUGGGCUCGCCUAUGAAGAGCCAAUUCUUUCCGGAAGGAAGCCAUCCAAUACCUCGAGCCAACAGUGUAGCUGCGCAGACACACCGGCCUUCAACGUCCGGCAGUCAACGCGAAGUAUCUAUUCACCGAUCCUCAGAUGGAUUCAGUACACCUCACACCCUCAACCGGGCUCGCACUGCCUUCACAGAGAUGCCGAGUGAAUACGCAUCGCAUACAACCCCGACGAAUACAGAAUACCUACCGACGGUCCCUACACCAUCAACGACUUCCCGCCGGCGACCAUCGGUUCGCUCACCGCCACUUCUGCAGCACUAUAGCAACUGGAACAUCGGUCCUUCAGCCGAUGAAGCUGCUUUCGCCGAGUAUGACAAACAAACGACAAGGCCUAGUUCUAGCACCCAAUUCCAAGAUAUGCUUCCUCCCCGCCGUCACCUUCCGUUCCCAGUAGGAGCUCGGGUAGAAAAAGAGCUUCCGGAAGGAAAUACUACGCAGUCUGGGAUUUCGGAGCUCAAUCAAGAGUCCCAGGGCGCGAGCAAAGAAGAAGAAGCUCUCAGACCUCCUACACCAGACACCGAAACUGCAGGACGCCCAGAAGCGGCAGAGCGAGACAAAGCGGCGCCAAAAACCAGGAUUAAUUUCAUCAAGAGGAACAAUGCCGAUUCAAUUGACAACUCGACUUCCAAGAAGCAAAAGUAUCUCCCCCAAACAAAACGGAUUUCCACGUCGCCGAUCCUGCCGCCAAAUAUCCCGUCUGCACAUUUCCAACGCAGAACCAUAUCUCGGGCCCCAGGCCUGGUUAUCGAACAAGAGGAAAGGCGUUUGGGAGAAGUUAUGGAGAAAAGCGGCAUCAACGACGGAAAAACGGGUGUUACAGCUUCUGCAUCAGUGAGCAUGACGAAACCAGCGGAAAUCGACAUCCUGAGACGGGCCCGAGGUGCAAUUGAGAUGUGUUCAUCUGAUGCGGAUAUGCGCUCCAAGAUGUCAGUAGAAGAGGGUGAUUCAGAUCCGCCAUCUCGCGCCGCGGUACCAGUACAGCACACAGAAAGGACCGACACCGGCAUUACUAUGCCGCGGCCGUCAUUGACGAGAAUAGAUAAUGGCACACAGACUGAGCCUGUUCCCUGCAGCUCCUCCGAGAAGGAGGAAGCACUGUUCGUCGCAAAAUUCAAAUUGAUGUGGGAAAUCAGAGAUUUACACCAAACAUCUUUCCACGGUUUGCUCGACACUGCUGAGCCAAAUCAUCGCAUAGACGAAAAGAAAACCUUGGAGGAGCUGGAGCAGAAUGUUAUUGAUCUAUGCCAAGUCGCGAUUGACCGUUACGGCCCUGAAGUGGGCGAUUUACCUUACGAGAAGCUCCUGAAAGCUAUCAUGGUUCCGGGGAAUUGA